CGAGAUUUUUCCCCUUUUUGUCUCUCGUUCGCUCCGUGCCCUUUUUCCCUCCUCCCCUUUCGUCGCCAUUCGACGCAACUCUCCUUUCUCUUGCUUCCUUCCCCUCUCCGCCUUCCCUCGCGGAUCGAUAGGACUCUUUGGAUAGACGGUGAGAUUUGCAGCCCCCUUCCUUAGUUUUAGGGUUUCGUAUUUGGAUUCUUGAAAUCUUUUGCUUGAUUGGAGAUCGGCGUUCUGAGAUCUCGUCUCGUGAUUGGUUCCGUUUGGUAGGGCUUGUUAGGGAUCGGAUUGAUUUAUUUCUUUUUCUUGGAUCUCGGCUGGAAUCGUAGAUUGAUUGAGGAGGGCGAUUGGAAUUGGAGUUUGGGGCCACUUGGACGCGGCUGUUCUUAUUGGAGUUGUAGAGUUUGGCUGCCUUUUAUUGUCCGAGAACUGCUUCUGGGAGUUGGAUUUGAGUGGAAAGUUACCUUUUCUUUCACCGGCUUUUUGGUGAUUUGAUGCUAUUUCUGGCGUUUCGAGUCAUCCUCGCCUGGGAUGUGUGAUAUCUGAGGGGUCCUCUGCGAGUGGUGUGGAGGAUCCCGUUGCAGGAAGUGCCUUAAAAUUUGGGAUGUACUCUCUUUACUUAUUUGCGUUCGUUUUGGCGAGAAAAAUCGGGUAGUAGUUGUUGGUCAGAAUCUUCCGACCCAAUAAGAGGUGAAGUGGAUAAAGUUGGUCACUCUGCGUGGGACUAUUUGGCUUAAAGGGUUUGGGCGUAAUGUUUUCUCGCGGCACAGAAUUCUCUCACGACCCAGCGACUGUGCUAGUGCCAACACGGUUCGUAUGGCCUUAUGGUGGGAGAAGGGUCUUCCUUUCCGGCUCUUUUACAGGGUGGUCUGAACAUUUACCUAUGUCUCCUGUGGAGGGUUGUCCUACAGUGUUUCAGGUUAUUUGCAGUCUGACUCCCGGGUUACAUCAGUACAAAUUUUAUGUUGAUGGUGAGUGGAGGCAUGAUGAGCGACAGCCUUUUGCCACAGGAAAUUAUGGGAUAGUUAACACUAUUUAUAUAACUAGGGAGCCUAAUCCUCCGCCUGCAUUACUAAGCCCUGGAACUCCUAAUAGCAGAAUGAGCAUGGAUGUAGACCCUGAAACUUUUCAGCAUGUGCAGGGGGCAGCGUCAGAUGGUACUGUUCAGGAUGCUGCUCUUAGAAUUUCAGAGGCAGAUAUAAAGAUUUCCCGUCAGCGUGUUUCUACAUUUUUGUCUGCACAUACAGCUUAUGAUUUGCUUCCUGACUCUGGGAAGGUCGUUGCUCUUGAUGUUAACUUGCCUGUGAAGCAGGCCUUUCACAUCCUCCAUGAACAGGGAGUUUCUGUGGCUCCAUUAUGGGACUCUAUAAGGGGUCAAUUUGUUGGAGUGAUCAGUGCAUUGGAUUUUAUUUUAAUUCUACGUGAGCUUGGAAAUCGUGGCUCAAAUCUAACAGAGGAAGAACUUGAGACACACACAAUAUCAGCUUGGAAAGAUGGAAAGCAUCAAAUGUAUGGGCAGUUAGAUGAGCAUGGGAGACCACUUCAAAGACACAUAAUACAUGCUGGUCCUUAUGAUUCCUUGAAAGAUGUAGCUCUAAAAAUUCUGCAAAAUAAAGUUUCUACAGUUCCAAUUGUCCAUUCAACGGCUCAUGAUGGUUCAUUUCCGCAAUUGUUGCAUCUUGCUUCGCUUUCUGGAAUCUUAAGAUGUAUUUGCAGGCACUUUAGACACUCUUCGAGUUCUUUACCAAUUCUACAGCAACCGAUUUGCAGAAUUCCUUUGGGUACUUGGGUUCCACGAGUUGGGGAUCAAAGUGGGCGUCCGAUCGUUGUGUUAAAACCAAAUGCAUCACUUGGCUUGGUCCUUUCUUUAUUGGUUCAAGCUGAAGUUAGUUCAAUACCUAUAGUUGAUGAAAAUGAAUCUUUGGUGGAUACAUAUUCCAGAAGUGACAUCACAACUUUGGCUAAAGACACAGCUUAUGCACAGAUACACCUUGAUGAAAUGAGCAUCCAUCAGGCACUACAACUAGGGCAGGAUGCAAAUUCUCCAUAUGGAAUUUUCAAUGGUCAGAGAUGCCAGAUGUGCCUCCGCUCCGAUCCUUUACAUAAAGUGAUGGAGAGAUUAGCAAAUCCUGGGGUGCGACGUGUUAUCAUUGUUGAGGCUGGAAGCAAGCGUGUGGAGGGAAUCAUUUCGCUUGGUGAUGUAUUUAGGUUCCUGCUUGGUUAGCCCGUAAACCAUCAACUUCUUACGAUCAAUUCCACCUGUUGUGGAGACCUCUACCUUUAUGGUGAAGAUUGCUGUCAGCCCAUCUCUUUCUUUUUCUUCUUCCCCUUCAGUGAUUUAUUAAUUUGAUAGGCCUCAGUGGUUUGAAUGCUACAAGGGGUCUGUAAAUGUUUAGGUUAUUCAGUUUCUUCCCUUUUUUUUACUUUAACCGUCAUCACUACUCAGAAAUCUCAUUGUUGUCGGAUACAACCAUGAUGUGGGCUUAUAAGUGCUACCAUGUUCAAUCAUGUGCACAGAAGUGCUACUAACAGUUGAGGCAUGGAGAGAAUUGAUGUUGGGGUCUAUACGAUCUUUUCAGUUGCAUCAGAGAAUUGGUUUCACCUAAUGUCAUAAACAAACUUUUAACA